AUGCUCUCGCGUGGCUGCUCAUGUCUCAAGAGGCCUCUUUCUGCCGCCUUAGAUGCCCUCGCGGCCAGCCCUGAUGAACCUCUGCUCUUCCUCUACCCCCGAUGGGCCGCGUCGACUGUUCGCCAAAGACGUUGUCUUUCCACCUUACCGAGGAGCUCGCAUUCUCGACUUGGAUCAAGGGGCUCUCUGGACACAGGAGUCUAUUCAAAUACGUGCAAAAUUGGAUCGAUCUGCCAUCAAUCAGCGAGAUGGGUGGCUCACCACACAACGUCGAUUCGGGUGGACGAUGCUUCCUCUAACCUGACGGAUAAUGCGACAACCUACGACCAAGACGAGGGAGUGAUCCACGAAAAAAUAGAACAGACCCAGACAGAACCCGUGUUGGACCAUCCAGCACGGUCUUCGUCUCAACUCAGCCGUGUCGUUGGACGAGCGGGCAAGAAGCCAAAACGACAAGCAUUCCAGGAAUCGGAUCCGUGGCCCAUGACUCCGGGCUCCCGUAUCCGUGUCUCUCGAAAUUUGUGGGAAAGAAAUCUGUCCCCUCGAAAUCGAAGGCAGGUCCGGUAUGGUGAAUUUAUACUUGCAAAUGAGAACCGCGACGGAGUAUCACCUGAUUCAAGAACAUGGCUUGAUAUGCGCGACUUAUUGAUCACGAUCCAACGCCAAACAAAAGGUGCGAGUCGGAGGGGCACAAAAUACAAGGAAAUGCUUGUUCCCGAGGAGACGGUUGCUCUCCUGGCAGGAGCUUCCACUCCGGGUAAAGCCGCCGAGGAGAACCUGUGGCAUCUUCCCGUGCGUCACGGAUGCCUAGUACAAGUGUUACCACCUGAGAGGGGUGAUGGCCUUUGUCGCAAGGUGGUUCUCCAUGGCUCGGAGGGCACACUGGAGGCAGUCGAGGAGAUGAUCAAGCGCCAGCAAGAACGACAAGCUAAGGGAGAUCCACUUGUCGAGAUCCAAAGACCCCCCGUUCCGAUUGUGGCGUCGGCACAAAAGCUUCGUAAAUUGAAGCGUCCGGUGCCAUUGAUCCGUGCAGUGUGGGCGACCUCGCAGGACGAUCGACACCCACCUUAUGUCACGAAGAUCAUCGAACAAAGCCCCUCAAUCUCAUCCGUGAAAGAAUUCGCGGAUCAUAUUGAAGACCUGGUCUCUGCGAGGUUGACGCAUCCGAUCAGAGCUGCUCGAUUGGAAGGUUCAAGUGAGAUUCCUCUUCCCAGGCGGGUGGCAGAACAUAUUGGUCGAUUAUUUCGACGAGACUCCCUCCGCAAAUACUUGUCGACAGCGGCUUUGAAUAGCGCCCUUCGAUAUCUUUACAAGCAUGAAUUUCUGCAUAUUGCUCGAGAUGUCUUCGGUGCAGCAGAGUAUCUAGCUACCGUGGACUCGUACAAUGUUCUGUUGCGAUCUGCGGCUCUGCGACAGGAUCGCCGAAUGUUUGAAUUCUUCUUACAAGCCAUGGCUAAGCGUCGAAUAUGUCCCAAUGCAGACACCUGGCUGGUUCUGCUGCAAGCCAUGCUCACCCAGAAGAGCAAGGCUGCUAUUAUCAAAGAAAUGGCGAAGAAGGGGUAUUUGAAAGAUAUCAGCACCACACGCAGCGCGUUGCAACUGACCAUUUCUGAUUCAUUCUUUGUUCAUUUGGAAAGUGGUCAGGAUGUUCACAGCUUCUUCGAGCUGAUGGUGAAGACAAAUGGCGCAGAUUGGUUUACUGCCUCGUUGCUCAGUCAGAUGCUCAACGUGACUCUUCGACUCAAGAAUUACCCUGCGAUGCAAGAAUUGCUCGACAUAUGUGACGAAUACCAUCUUGACAUGAAUAGCUCCUGUCUUAUGCAAGUCUUACAUAUGACCUCGGACGAUAUCUUCGCCGCCCUUGAGCACACUAUGAGGAUUAUGAAGCGAUCGAGCUUCAAGAUCAACCGGGAGGUGAUGUCGAAACUUUUCUUCAUGGCCUACAAUGGCUUUCAUUAUAACCUCUGCCGCGUCCUCUGGCAUUAUGCGUGCCUGCAAGAUCUUGUGACUCAGGACAUGCGCAAUUUAGUCCUGGAUUCUCUCGUCCGCAAUGCCUCCUUGGAGACGGCCUCGGAAGAUAUCCGUAAGAUUUGGCACGUUUGCGCGGGGAAGGUGAUUGUUCGUCGUGAUUCCCGGGCCAGAUUCAGGAUCAAGCCGGAACAUCUCGAACAAUUGCCCUCUGAACACCGCGACAAUCCCUUCUUGUACUUGGUAUCGGGCUACAAGAACCUGGGUCCCGAGAGAGCACUGCAACUUCAGCUUGCCAAGGUGUUUAUCAACCGGGAUGUUUUGACUAAUUCUCGCCCCAGGUUUCCCUUGGCUCUUAUGCUGGAAGCCGCCGCCGUGAUGGAUCAGGAGUGGCGCGGCAAACCAUGGCCUCUGGCGUGGAUGCUGCAAAACUCCAUCGGUAUCCCCACUACAAGACAGCCCUAG